UACAAUUAUUUCUACGAAUACACGAGAAUAAGAAGUUAAUACAGAGGCGAAGCAAACAGCUUUAUAUUUUCACAUAUUUUAAAUAUUACGGUUAUAUCUACUACUUUGUUUAUUAUAAAAUACGGAACAAAUUAUGAGCGGGCCAGCAAUUGGAAUAGAUCUAGGGACCACAUACUCGUGCGUCGGUGUAUUCCAGCACGGGAAAGUGGAAAUAAUUGCGAACGAUCAGGGCAACAGAACCACACCCAGCUAUGUGGCGUUUACAGACUCUGAGAGGUUGAUAGGAGAUCCAGCCAAGAAUCAGGCUGCCAUGAAUCCAACCAAUACAGUAUUUGAUGCUAAACGACUGAUAGGACGCAAGUUCGAUGACCAAAGUGUACAGAAUGACAUGAAGCACUGGCCAUUCAAGGUCGUUAACAAUGGAGGUAAACCCAAGAUCCAGGCAGAGUACAAGGGAGAAAUGAAAACUUUCGCUCCAGAGGAGAUUAGUUCUAUGGUACUGACUAAAAUGAAGGAAACUGCUGAAGCUUACCUCGGAAAGAAAGUCAGAAAUGCAGUCGUCACGGUACCUGCAUACUUCAAUGACGCACAGAGGCUUGCCACCAAAGAUGCCGGUGCUAUUGCAGGACUUAAUGUAAUGCGAAUCGUGAAUGAACCAACAGCGGCUGCACUGGCCUAUGGACUUGAUAAAAAUUUAAACGGCGAAAAGAAUGUGCUCAUAUUUGAUCUUGGCGGAGGAACAUUCGAUGUUUCAAUCCUAACAAUUGACGAAGGGUCAAUAUUCGAGGUCAGAUCAACAGCGGGUGAUACACAUCUUGGCGGUGAGGACUUUGACAACAGAAUGGUCAGUCAUUUUGUACAGGAGUUUAAACGUAAGCACGGAAAGGAUAUGAGUACAAAUUCACGAAGUAUGCGCAGGUUGAGAACAGCAUGUGAACGAGCAAAGAGGACUUUGUCAAGCAGCACAGAGGCGAACAUAGAGAUUGACUCUCUUAAUGAGGGAAUCGACUUCUAUAGUAAAAUAACAAGGGCAAGGUUCGAAGAGCUAUGUGGCGACCUGUUCCGUGCUACCAUGGAACCCGUAGAGAAAGCUCUCCGUGACGCUAAAAUGGACAAAUCAAAGAUACACGAAGUAGUGCUUGUUGGUGGGUCAACACGUAUUCCGAAAAUUCAGAAAUUAUUACAAGAUUUCAUGAAUGGUAAAGAACUUAACAAAUCUAUAAAUCCCGACGAGGCUGUAGCCUACGGUGCCGCCGUUCAGGCAGCAAUAUUAUCCGGCGAUAAAUCUGAUGCGAUAAAGGACGUUCUUCUGGUCGACGUUGCUCCACUUUCUCUUGGCAUCGAAACGGCCGGUGGCGUUAUGACCAAAAUUAUAGACAGAAACACUAAAAUACCCACGAAGGCAUCACAGAACUUUACGACAUACUCCGACAACCAGCCGGCAGUCAGCAUUCAGGUUUUCGAGGGGGAAAGAGCGAUGACCAAGGAUAACAACCUCCUAGGUCGCUUUGAUCUCACUGGUAUACCACCUGCUCCACGUGGGGUUCCUCAAAUUGAAGUCACGUUCGAUAUCGAUGCUAAUGGUACAUUAAACGUAUCGGCCCAGGACAAAAGCAAUGGCAAAAUCAAUAAAAUAACGAUUACAAACGACAGAGGGCGUCUGUCUAAGGAAGACAUUGAUAGAAUGGUGAAUGAAGCAGAAAAAUACCGCGAAGAAGACGAGAAGCUUAGACAAAAGGUAGACGCAAGAAAUAAACUUGAAAGUUAUGUGUUCAGUGUGAAACAAGCAGCAUCUGAAGCAAACAACGAUAAGUUAUCGUCCGAAGAUAAGGAAACCGUGAACGCGACGUGUGAGGAAUGUGUUAAGUGGUUGGACAAUAAUACAAUGGCGGAGAAAGAAGAAUUCGAUCAUAAACUUGAAGAACUUCAGAAGAAACUUUCACCAAUUAUGGUAAAACUUCAUGGAGGAGCUCAGCAGAAACAGGAACAAUAUAGUGGUUCCCAGAAUGCGGGUGGAGGACAGGGACCUACAGUAGAGGAGAUGGAUUAAAGAAACUACCAUUACCUUAUUUGACAUAAUAAUAAUUGUUAAAUUUACCACAUUGGUCGGUAAAAGUGACGACAUUUUAGCUAUUCACAAUUAUUUGUAUUACUUAAGACAUUCAUCCUGUGGUAUCAUCCAUUUCAUUCAUUUAAAAUGUCUUUCACUUAUUAUACAAAAGUUGAAUGUUUUUUACAUAUAUAUUGAAUUAAUAAAACUGUCUAUGAAAAUUUUC